GGCGGCGGCGGCGGCUGCAGCGGCGGCGGCAAGGGAGCCGGGAGCGGAGGGAUGUGGGGCUUUGGGGGAGGCAGGCUCUUCGGCUUCUUCUCCGCUCCCGUCCUGGUGGCCGUGGUCUGUUGCGCCCAGAGUGUGAACGAUCCGGGGAACAUGUCCUUCGUGAAAGAAACAGUGGAUAAAUUGUUGAAAGGCUACGACAUUCGCCUCAGACCGGAUUUUGGAGGCCCCCCUGUGAAUGUCGGGAUGAACAUAGAUAUUGCCAGUAUCGACAUGGUCUCUGAAGUCAACAUGGCACUUUGCAACCAACUUGCAAUUAUGAUGGUCACAGUAUCCUACAGUCAUGUGAUUGCUGUUUGCUGACUUUUGAUGAAUGAAGCCAAUGUGAAGCUGGCAGGAGAUAUCUGACACAUGACAUCGUGACAACACAGGAUUCACCUAACAACCACAACUGGAACUGUCAGCACUGCUUUCAUAAGUCAGCAUAGUAAUGUGACAUCAGGCUUUAUGACUGUGUCAUGUAGCGAUAGAAUACCUGGUCCUUAUUACUGUGAUUAACUGAGGACUUGCUAUAUGUUUGAAUAAUGGAAUUUUUUGACCAAAUUGGUUGCUAGAUGUAGUAUUUUAUGCAUAGAAAUAAUGUAAUGAUUAGCAAAUGUUUUGGUGUUGAGCAAGAUAAAACUCUUGUAUUGCUUUGAUUCUGUAAUGCAUUUAGUAAUGUAUUAUUGAGACUGUAUAACAAAUUAUUGUAGAGACAUUAGAAAUGUGUUAAUUAGCAAUAUUAAUUGAUACAUAAUUUUUGUAUGCAUACAAUGCCAUAUUGUUGCUUUGUAUGAAUAAUCUGCAGCAAAUAUUAGCUAGACUAUUUGUUGCAACAGAGUAAGGGUAGUAAAAUAAUGUUUCUGAAGACCAGAAAAGUUUUGCUUGACAGGAAAUUGGAUAUAGAGGAAAUCAUUUAAAAAGAGCAUAUACAUAUAUUUCAUGCCACAAUAGGAUGUUUCCUGAAGAUGUUGAAAUGAAUGAUCAAAUAUUAAGAUACAAAUAGGUGAAUAGUAUGAUAAUGAGUGUAGUCAACUGCAAGAAUAAUGCUUUUUGAAGCAGCAAAAAUGACUGUGUUUAAGAAUAUGCUUUGUUAUAUGAAGUGAGAGUUGAGUAAAUCUGGAGUAAUGUAAAAGGCAGUUGAAUACAAUGUAUGAGGAAAAAUAGUAAAAGUCAGGGUCAAGAAUUAAUGGAUAUUAAAUUAAUGUGGAUUUAAUAUCAAAGAACUGUGAUGAGUGGUUUGGCCAUACAGAAAGAAUGAAUAAGUAAUGAAUUAUAAAACAGUACAUGGAGGGAAGGAAAUACUAAACAAACCAUGCUUGGACUAAGAUAGAAUUCUCAAAAAGAAAAUUGAAGAAUUUAAAAAAGAAAAAAGGCAGGAUAUAUGCAGUGGGCUAUGAUUGCAUGCUGGACUUGUAUGUGUAAGUUUCAUUUUUAUUU